AUGGGUUCAUAUCCAUUUAUACUGCUGUUAGUAGCUUUAACAGCUAGUUUCUCAAAUGGAUUUAAAAUGACUCUUCUAGAGGAAAUGCAAGCACUUCAUUUUGAAGAAAUUGGUGAACUGAAACUGAUAAAAAGCUAUAAAGCUAUUAGCUUUCAAAUAAAUAUUCGAACAUUUGCAGAAUUAAUUAAAAACGCAAAAGAACAUUUUGAAUUAGUAAAGGAUAUGUUUAAUAAUGAUACAUCUACUAACGAGAAGCUCGAUACUAUCAAAUUGGUUUUGGAAUUGAAAGAAAUGGAGUUUAAAGAUAUUGUACAUGGAUUAGUAAAAACUAAAAGAAAUGUCCAUUCUAGAAAGAAGCGAGAAUUUAUGGGAUUGCUAAGCACUGAAGAUGGUAGGAAAAUUUCUCUCGACUUAAAUAACUUAAGAAGUAAAUCAAAUGAAAUAGUUGGAAUUUCAAACUCUUUGAAAUCAGUUGCUCAUAAUACAACAAUUCUUAUGAAUAAAACUGUUGAAGAACUGAACAGGAGAACAGCUAUGAUGAAUUUAUUGGAUGUAAAGAACGAUAUAGAGAGAAUUAUUAAAGCUAUAACGAAAAUGCUUAACGAGAGACGUCUUAAUACUGAAAUCAUUCCAAUAACCGAGGUUCAGAAGGAUAUUAAAAAUAUAACAUUGAAAAUUGAAGAAAAUGAAGAAUUGCCUUACCACAAGCUAAUGGAUUAUUACUACAACUUGCCAUUGAACUACAAGAUUAGUGAAGAUAUUAUUGUGGUGGAAGUUGAUGUGCCGAUAGUUGAAAAAGAUGCAAGAAAGUUAUUUAAAAUUGUGGAAAUUCCAGCACGCAAUGAAGGCAAAUUAAUUAUGACAGAUGUAAUAUGGAAGUACAUAGCUGAAAAUGAUAAUGAAACAGUUGUAUUCAUGACAAUGGAUGUGUGCUUAAAAUCUCAAUAUAAUGGAACCAUGUAUUUUUGCAAAUCUCAAAGUCCUAUUAAGAACAAAAAUGCAACUGACUGCUUGAACAAUGCAAUCGCUGGAAGUAAGACCAUUGAUAUGAAUCUUUGCAAAUAUUCUGCUGCACAGACAACCAGUCUCAUGUUUAUUAAACUUAAUGAUGGAGAAUACUUUUACUAUACACCAAUCAAUGAAACCUUAACAGUUACAUGCGGUGCUGACACUAUUGAUGAAAUAUUAGUUGAAAAUACUUCUGGAAUUAUCAUGCUUGAACCUGAGUGUAUCGCUCUUACUGGUACGUAUAAACUAAUAACUACAAUGAGGUUUGGACCAACUACCCAAACAAAGAUAAACGUUGUUCGAGUUUUCUUCAACAUUGAUGAGCUUAAAGAAAAUAUGAGGAAGUAUAAUACACCACAUGUAGAUAAAUUUUACAUUGAAAGUUUAGGACUCCUAAGAGACAUGUCGAAACCAAUUAAAAGUGUAGAAAAACUUGAUCAUAUCAAUUUUGGUACAAUGAAUUCGGAUUUUAUGAGUAUUUCGACAAUAUUAGCAUGGAUAAUUAUUGUCGUUUAUGUGCUUUACAGCCUAAUGAAGUGGAAGAAGAAUAAAUCAGCAGAAGCUGAAAAUAUAAUCAAAAAAAGGCCCCUUGAAGAACCAGUUGAAAUUUACGUGUUAAAAGAAUAA